AUGGUUAUUCCUCUCAUUGGACGUCUCAAGGGGCACGAAUACGCAGCUCUUGUUGGGGGCUUCUUCUUCCUGGUCUUCGAGACUGCUAUCAGUUUCAUCAUCAUGCUCCUCCCCAUGCCCAUCAUCCAGUGGUUCUACGACCACUCACGGACCCUCUUUCACCAUUUCUCCGUGAACGAUGCAAAAGGCAAGUCCGAGGCUGAAGAUGUUGCUGAUGCUAUACGGAAGGCGAAGGAUUUCGGAGAGCUAUGUCAGUAUUGGGGUUACACACAUGAAGAACAUGUUGUUUUGACAAAGGAUGGAUAUUUAUUGGGCUUGCAUAGGCUCCCGACGAAGAGGGGGCAGAGGAAACGAAGUCCUGGGACGAGCACAGGAAAACCAGUGGUGUAUUUGCAUCAUGGGUUGCUCAUGAAUAGCGAAGUAUGGGUCUGUUUGACGAAUGCUGAGAGGUGCUUGCCAUUUGUGCUUGCUGAGCAAGGCUUUGACGUAUGGAUGGGCAACAACCGAGGGAACAAGUAUUCCAAGAAGUCGGUUCAUCAUGACCCGAAUUCGGUCAAGUUUUGGAACUACAGUCUCGACGACUUUGCUUGGCAUGAUAUUCCUGAUUCUAUCCAGUAUAUCCUGGAUAUCACGAAGUCGAGCACCUUGAGCUAUGUUGGUUUCAGCCAGGGCACUGCGCAAGCUUUCGCCGCACUCAGCAUUCAUCCACAAUUGAACGCGAAGGUGAACGUCUUCAUUGCACUCGCACCUGCUAUGAGUCCCAGAGGAUUAGCGGCUCCUCUUGUUGAUGGCCUCAUGAAAGCUUCCCCAACAUUAGUGUAUCUAUUCUUCGGACGUAAAGCCAUUCUGUCUUCUACAACAACAUGGCAAGCCAUCCUAUACCCCCCCAUCUUUACAAGCGUCAUCGACACUUCCAUGCGUUUCCUCUUCAACUGGGACAGUCAGAACAUCUCGUAUCUCCAAAAAAUCGCCGCAUAUGCCCAUCUCUACUCAUUAGCGUCUGUCAAAUCUGUCGUGCACUGGUUCCAGAUCAUGCGCGAGGGUGCAUUCCAGAUGUAUGACGACGAUGUUAGCGCAUUUGGCUCUCCUGGUGGGCGUGCGUACCGACCUGCGAGGUUCCCGACGAAGAAUAUCGUCACCCCAAUCGUGCUUUUAUAUGGGGACAGGGAUAGUCUUGUUGACAUACAAAUGAUGCUUAAAGAGCUCCCAGGACCAUACGACUGUCACGCGUCUGGAUGGAUAUGA